AUGACAGAUAAAAUUUCAAAGGUUACAGACCCCAUUAAGGGGACCAUAUCUGAUAAAGCAGGACAACUAGGAGGCAGUGGUGAUAGUCAAACCAACGUUACAGGCUCUGCCAAACAGAAAGGCUCUGACACAACAAGUCAAGCUACUAGAAAUAGCACUGUCGAUUCCCUCAAGAACAAUGUACAAGACAAGGCCAGUGAAGCCACUGACAAAGUGUCUUCUAUUCCAGGCUCCGACCUUGUGACUUCAAAACUUAAGGAGUUGAAAGGUGCACACAAACUCAACGAUAAAGGUCAGGUAACUGACAAAGCUAAUUUCAAUGAAGUAAGUGGUAAGUUGAAGAGUGUUGUUGGUAAGAAGGUUGACAUUGAUGAGACGGGGAAGUUGACAAGAAAGGGCAAGAAUCUUGGCUCUAUUGAUCCUGUUGUUGACGAGGAAGAAGAUUCUGAUGAUGAUUCUGAUGAUGAUUCUGAUGAUGAUUCUGGUGACGAUUCUGAGGACAACUCGGAAGAUGACUCGGAAGACAACUCUGAUGAUGAGUCUGAAAAUAAAGAAUCCUUGGAAGGCUGCACUGUUCGUGAAGACGGGAAGGUUGUUAACGAUGAAGGUAAAGUCUUAGGCCAAGUUGUUGAAGGAUCUUACAAAAAGUUCGAACGGUUGGUUGGCAAAAAGGUGACUCCAGAUUACACCAUUGUAAGUAAAAAGGGUAAGGAAUUGGGCACUGUCGAUGUGCUUGACGAUGAUGAAGAUGGCCCAAACCAAGAAGAGCAAAACCUGAGCAUGAACCGAUUGAGUGGGUUGAUUCGAAGCUCCAUUGAUAAGAUCCAACCAUUGACAGAAAUAAUCCAAUCCAAGGUGAAGCAAGAAGAAUUACCAGUUGACGAGCUAAACUCGGUAGCUACACGAGCAGAACGAAUUAUUGGUGAAGUUCGUGGAGGUAUUAAGGCAAUUGAUCCAGAGGAACGCAUUAUCAAGGACGCCAAGAGCCAAGUUGAUGGCCCUGGGGAAGCCAGCCAGUCGAGAGCAACAAGGUUUGGUAAAUACUAUUCAGGCACUUGA